CUGGGUGUCGGGGGUUGAACGGCCGGCGCGGCAGCCGCGGCUGUCAGGAGGCGGAGGGACAUAGACGUAGUGACGGGAGAGUGACGAGUCCUUCCUUUUCCGGUCGGGGCGCGGCGCAGGCGGGCGGCCGCACGAGCAGCUCCGCCGCCAUGGCUUGCGCUCGGCCGCUGAUCUCCGUGUACUCCGAGAAGGGGGAGGCGUCGGGCAAGAACGUGACGCUGCCCGCGGUGUUCAAGGCGCCCAUCCGGCCCGACGUGGUGAACUUCGUGCACACCAACCUGCGCAAGAACAACCGGCAGCCCUACGCCGUCAGCGAGCUCGCGGGUCACCAGACCAGUGCUGAAUCAUGGGGUACUGGGAGAGCUGUUGCCCGAAUCCCGCGUGUCCGGGGUGGUGGCACUCACCGCUCUGGCCAGGGUGCCUUUGGCAAUAUGUGUCGUGGCGGCCGCAUGUUCGCCCCGACCAAGACCUGGCGGCGCUGGCACCGCAGGGUGAACGUCAUGCAGAAGCGUUACGCCAUCUGCUCUGCUCUGGCUGCCUCUGCCCUGCCAGCUCUGGUCAUGUCUAAAGGCCACCGCAUUGAGGAGAUUCCAGAACUUCCUCUGGUUGUUGAGGACAAGGUUGAGGGCUACAAGAAAACCAAGGAAGCUGUUCUCCUCCUGAAGAAGCUUAAAGCUUGGAAUGACAUCAAAAAGGUUUACGCCUCCCAGCGCAUGCGGGCCGGGAAGGGCAAGAUGAGGAAUCGCCGCCGCAUCCAGCGCAGGGGACCCUGCAUCAUCUACAACGAGGACAACGGCAUCAUCAGAGCUUUCCGGAAUAUCCCAGGAAUCACUCUGCUGAACGUGAACAAGCUGAACCUGCUGCGCCUCGCUCCCGGGGGCCACGUGGGGCGUUUCUGCAUCUGGACCGAGAGCGCCUUCCGCAAGCUGGACGAUCUGUACGGCACCUGGCGCAAGGCGGCCACGCUCAAGAGCGACUACAACCUGCCAAUGCACAAGAUGACCAAUACGGAUAUUGGAAGAAUCAUGAGAAGCCAGGAAAUCCAGAAGGCCCUGCGUGCUCCAAAGAAGAAGAUUCAGCGCAGGGUCCUGAAGAAGAACCCGCUGAAGAACCUGAGAAUCAUGAUCAAGUUGAACCCGUACGCCAAAACCAUGCGGCGCAACACCAUCCUGCGGCACGCGCAGAACCACAAACUCAAGGAAGAGAAGAAAGCCAAGGCCCAGGAGAAGCUGGCAGCCAAGGCCCCGGCUGCACCCAAGGCAGAGCCCGCUGCCAAGAAGGCCAAGACAGCCAAGGCGGCCAAGCCCGCGGCGAAGGCCAAGGCCGAGGCGUAACCGCGGCCGUGCUGCCCCGCGGUCCCCGCGGGGGCUGUGCCCGCGGUCUGUCCCUAAUAAAGGCUGUUGGAACACA